UAGUAGACACGGAAUUUAGUGCUGGUGAUCACCCGAAACAGUGCCAUUUUUAGACGUUUACUGCUGACGUUUACAGAGGCUUCAAACAGCUUCCGUUUACACUGGUAGUGAUUGGACUGUCCUGCACUUACCCCGUGAGCUAACAUAUUGGGUGAACAAGUCCGACAAUCUACACUUCAAUGGAGGAACAGCCCAAAGAUCGGGCACAAGAAAGGCAAUAUCACCACCACGGAGAAGACAAACACUCUAUUCAACAUACAACUUGUCUAAAACAUGAUCAGAGCCACUUCCAGCGCCAGCAUCAGGAAACGCAGACGAAGAAAACAGGUUGGGCCAUCCGGAAAAGCAAUAAAAAAGUAAACAUCAGUGAGGAGGAGGUUGAGAAGAAUCCACAUCUAUCUGAUACUGUUGGUAUGUCGCAUCCCCCCAACAGCAAUGGUAACCGACACACAAGUAAUGCAAAUGUGAAGCAGAAGUCCACACAAAAGCUUUACACGACUGUUCAAAAAGUGAGCAGCAAAGGCUUGGACCAUAAGAAAAAUAUGGACCUUAAACAUGACAAGGAAAAGGCUCUGGAUUUGAAUUAUCAUGAGGGCCCACUUUUGGAUAAGAAAGACUCAAUGUUGCUUCAAAAUGGUGUUGUAAACUGUGGCUUAAUUACAAAUGGCUAUUCUAGCAAGGACAAUGAUGGCAGCGGCUCCGAAGGUGGAUAUACUACUCCGAAGAAACGCAAGGCCAGAUGCAACAACGGCAAGAACACUGAUUAUGGGAUAAGAGAAAAGGAGAAAGACAUGCAGCAGGGCAACACUACACAAGAGCAUGGUGCUUUUAUUCUUGACACAACUGAGAAGGGAGUGACUUCUAGACUUGAUGGCGUUAGAGUUGCCCAUAAAGUAGAUGCUCAGUCAGCGGCUAGACGGGCUGUUGCGUCAGAGGCUUCAAUGGGGAAAAACUCUGAUGGCAAAACAGUUGGCCCCUUUGGUAAAAAGACUGAGGAAAGGCACAAAGCCAAGCUUUCCUCACCUUCAAAAGAAGACUCAUGGACUUUGUUCAAGCCCCCUCCUGUAUUUCCUGUGGACAAUAGCAGUGCAAAAAUUGUUCCCAAGAUCAGUUAUGCAAGUAAAGUAAAAGAGAACCUCAACAAAGUAGCUCAAGGUGGAGGAGAGGCACUGCCGCCUCCUGUUAGACUGUCACAGGUCCCUAUGUCGGCUAUGAAAACUAUCACCUCAGCUAGCUUUACUAAUGGCCCUGUUUCUGGAAACGGAAACAACUGCGCAUCAGUGGGUACCUUCUUUGCUCCUGCUGCUAGUAGUAUUCAAACAGCCCCAUCUAUCCCAAGUGGCGAGAAUGUAGCAUCUCCUUUGGAAAGUAACUGUAGCUCUACAACCAGUCCUGUAGAUGAAGCAUAUGAGCUUAGAAAGUGUACUCUUUUAAUUUACCCUUUAAAUAUGCAACCUGUGCUCCCUAGUGCUCGUCACCUUGACCCCCCGGCUGCUCAGACAAAUCAGAAAGCCUUGGGAGAUAUCUUCCAGAAUCAGUGGGGGCUUUCUUUCAUCAAUGAGCCCAACUUGGGACCAGAAGGAGGGGGUGGCCAGGUGCCUGCAGAGGACAAGUCUACUGUGGUCACGCCUCAAAGCGAGUGUCAGGCUGUUGCAGCCAAGGCUGCCCAGCCCUGCUUUGAUGUAAGCCCAUCAUUCUUAGAGCCUGGCACUUUGGCUCAAGACCCUGAGAAAAGGACUUGUGCCCCUUGCAAUAUGUCUAAUACAUGUUCUCCUGCUUGUUUGAUGAGUGAGGAGGAGAACAAGCUGCAACCAUGUGGCCAGGAAAAGACAAAAGUUGAGGCCAAGGGUGCAGGUUCUGCUGUGUUGGCCCCCAGUAAAGACAACGGUGCUAAGCCUGGACAGGGCCAGCUAACCACUGUGCUGUUUGGCUCAUCUACACAACAGGCCCACUCUAAAGACAUUGGCAGAAGGUCCUUUGAUAUUAAAGCUGCUGUCACUUAUCACACUAAAGAAAUGGAAUUCAUUUUCAACUUGCAAAAACAAGAUCCAAAAAGAGUAGUGGUUUAUGAUGAGACCAAGGAUGGACCUGAUCAGUGAGGUAGAUGGGCUACAGUACUUCUCUUCUGAGUGCUGCAAUGAUCUACCUUGGGAAUCAUAAAUCCUGUUGGACAGAUAAAGUGACAACUGUGAAAACAUUGAUAGAUUAGCAUGACAGAUAUUCCUUGGAAUCUCCGGUGGAAUAACAGACUUCUUUCGGGGGCAUCAGACAAACACGCACACACUCCGGAGGGACGUUAAAGGAGUUGAUCUGUGCCUCUCCAACACGAUAAAUGGAACUUUGGAGCUGUGGUAGUUGUUUGUCUCAUGGCUCUUGAAGUAAGAUGUUCAGGAGUUCAACAAAGGAAGGUGUCAUGGAUUGCACCUCCCUUAGCCUUUAUCCUGUUGAACUGCGGCAGCCGUCAGUCUGACAAUGGGAUGCCUCAGUCAUUUUCUUUCUUCGCGCAUUCAAAUGAGUUCAUUGGAUAUGUUAGACGUUAUACAUACACAUCCGUGUGCAAGCUUGAAUUCAUUGUGGAAGAAAGGAGAACACACUUUGCAAAGAAUGCCUUGGAAGUUAUGGAAUUAAGAUCGUUAAAGAGUUGAACUGUAAUUUAAGUGGAAGCUCAUAGGUGAGGCCCCAUCCAGGAAGGGAAAACCUUGUCUUAAGUCCUUUAGGGAAAAUCAGAGCCCAGAAAUUAAACACUUGCUUUUUUUCUUUUAUACUGUUUUGUCUGCCCUAACGUGAUGAGUGUUAUCUGCACUGCAGUUUGACCCCAGAGCACAGGUACAGAAGUGCCCAAUUUAAAGAAAAGCGACGCCCCUUCAUUUCAUUGUUUUACAGGUGUAUUCAAGAUUUUAAAAUCAGGUCUCCGUUAAAGGCAAAAGCUUUUCAUCUUAAAGCUUUUAAUACAUUUCAUUCAGAUUGUUAUGUCAGUGCAGACUAUUCUUAAAUUCUGAUUCAUAUAAACCCUCUAGUAUAUGAAUCCUGAUUUUAGGAAUUAACUGAGUGACUCAUUAAGAGGCAUUGCUACCGAUAAGGUCUUCUGCGAUUUGUGCUAUUUGUUCAGCAGCAAGA